UCUCAUUUUCUUCUGCUGAGGAAUCGACUCUUGUAAUCAUGUCUCUGAACCACUUUGUAGAUGCCGCAGUUGAUCAAGCUGCUAGAGCCGCCAAAACGAAGGUGAAAUCACUAAUGGGAGGCAAGAAUCCAGGCACGUCAGGGGGUAUGGGAGGCAAGAAUCCAGGCACGUCAGGGGGUAUAGGAGGCCUCUUUUCUUCUGCUGGACAGGGGGGUAAAGCUGAGAAGGGAGGACUGUUUGGGGGUCUAUUGGCAGCAGCUGGACAGGGCACAAACCCAGGUGCACCAGGAGGUGCACCAGCAGGCGCACCAGCAGGCGGUGCAUACGGCGGUGCAGCCGGUGGUGCAGUAGCUGGUCCAGAAGGUGCAGACUUCAAUGCUGCACUAGAUGAGCUGGCUGGACUGUAAACUGAAGAAGGCGUCUAAGGAAAAUGUUCCGUGUACAUAUUAAAUAUUUAAUAUGUUUUUGUAACGAUUUAACGUCUUCUGAAUGGAGCUGAACAGAACAAACACAACACAGGAAAAGCUAAUGUUAGCUUUUAUAUAUAAUAAUGAAUUAAGAAAAUAAGCUAUUUCAAAAUGAUAAAUUUUUGGUUUUAAUUAAUAUUACCUGCAAUGUUAACUAAUGUAACGUGUACAGCUCUGAUUAACAGCGUUUUAAAACAUAAACGUGUAUUUUUAUAGUCGCUGGAUUCUAAACUAGAAGUGCCUUUUCCCCAAAUUUUUCCUCCCUUAUUAUCAUUAUGUUUACACAUGAUGCUAAUGUUUUAAAAUGUAAAUUAAUAAAAUGUAUAUAAAGUGUUAACUGUGUUAUUAAUAGUGCAUUCUUACACUGCACCCUGGUCAUUUCACAGCCUAAACCCAAACUAUAAAUGUAUACAAUUCAGUGGUAAAU